AUGAGCGCACCGCCGUUAUCCGCCGAUGGAUCGGUGCCGUUGACGCCGGAAGGGGAUGCGCCCCAGGCGCAGACGGACUUUGUCUAUAGCGACAGCCAGGCCAACGCAACGGUCGCAUUCGGCGCCAUCAUUACCAUCAUCACAACUGCCUCUGUAAUUGCUCGGCUUUACACGCGUUAUUUCAUUACGAAGCAAGUUCGAAUAGAUGAUGCAUGGGCAGUCCUCGCUCUGUUCAGCACUAUUGCUGUCAACAUCAUGCAGAGUGUAUUCACGAAGAAGUAUUUGCCCACCAUGCUGGCCAUGGUCACAGUCGAUAAUGAAGGAUCAAAGAUCCCUUAUGCCGUCGGAAUUACGUACAACAUCGCCAUGGCCGCCUUGAAGAUGACUUUCCUAUUUCAGUUCUAUCACAUCUUCCGAUACGUGCGCAUCAUGAGAAGAGUCUAUGUCGGCGCCAUCAUCUUUGUUGGCGCUUGGACAGUGGCGCAGAUAUUACUCCAGAUUCUGAUCUGUUUGCCGAUAGAAGCCAACUGGGAUCAUAGCGUAAGGACCGCCAAGUGUCUCCCAAGCGUGCUAUCGACAUACUUCAAUGCGACUGGAACGUUGGUCACCGAUGUUGUUGUUCUCUUCCUACCACUUCCUACUCUUUGGACUUUGAAGCUGAACAGCAGCCAACGUUGGGCAGCGUUGGGUGUAUUCGGUAUUGGCGCAUUAGUCCCUAUCAUGUCAGCUGGUCGUAUUUGGAGUUUGACUCACGCACCGCCAAAAGGGUACAUGAGCACAGCGUGUUGGACUAUCGCGGAGUUGGGAGUCGGCGUCACCACGGCAUCUCUGGCGACCAUUCGCCAGCUCAUGGACCGGAAAGUGAACGAAUUAUUCCAAAGACACCAAGAAAUGGCUCGACGACAGUCCGCCAUGGUGACAGUCGGGUCACAGACGAAUCCACAGCAAUUCAACACUCGGUCCAACGGCAGCGAAAUCGAUUUGAUCCACAGCAGAUGGCCUCACACAGUAACAAACAGCGCUCUCGGUAACCAUGGAUCUCCGAGGUCCACAAGCUCUUUGAGCAAAGUUUUUGAGGUGUUUACGAAGGAGAAGUUCCUCCGAAGCUCAACAGGUGGUAGUCAAGGAGACCAAUCGGAGUUGAAUCUGAAUAAUGGUGGGACAAGCACCAUGGUUACAACGUCCCGCAACCACAGUAUUUCCAUGUCUGAGGGAGCCGCUAAUUUCUUGGGCGAAUUCGGUAUUCUGGUGGAGAGGACUUGGGAGGUUGAGGAGAUCCGCAUGGAAUAG